GUUUCUCUAGCAGAAGUAUUAGGUUUAGCGGCCGCUUCUUCUUCUUCCUCUCAGUCACAGGCGCUUCUUUUUCAGAUUCUCAGUUUCAAUAUCAUCCAUGAUCAACGAAUACAACAAAAAGUAACUCAGUAACUAACCAAAUCAAGACACAUAUCAAACUGGAGUUGGAUCUUCUAACUCUAAUGUACCUAGUCAAUCUACAGCUGGGGUUGGAGCUCAAUCAACACCUGGAGUUGGAGCUCAAUCUACACCCCCUUCUGAUGAAGUUACAAUUAUAAAAGAUGAUGGAAAUAAGGACAAGUCUAAAGUUACAUCUGAAGUAUGGUUACAAUUCACAAGGUUAAGUGAUGACAAAGCUAAGUGUCAUCAUUGUUUGCGCCCCUUUGCUUCUCAUACAGGAAGAAAUGGCACUUCUGGCUUGUGGAGUCGUUUGGAUAGAUGUCGUAAGAAUCCAAAUAGGAAGAAGAAAGGUCAGAAAAGUUUUUUGUUUCCUCCCCCCAAACCAGGUGAAGAUGGUAAGUUGGUUGCUUCUAUUUAUAAUCCUGAAGGCUGUAGAAGAGCUUUAGUUGAAUUUAUCAUCAAAGAUGAGUUGCCAUUUAGCAAGGUAGAAAAUGAAGGGUUUAGGGCUUAUAGUCAGAUGUUGGAACCUAGAUUCAAAGUCCCUGGCCGCAUGACUAUUUAUAGGGAUUUUUUAAUAAUAUACAGGGAUGAGAAAAAGAUAUUGAAAGAUUAUUUCAAGGCAUCCAAACAGAGGGUUUCUUUGACCACUGAUACAUGGACUUCACCCAAUAACUUCAAUUAUAUGCGUGUCACAGUUCACUAUGUUGAUCAGAAUUGAAAGUUGCAAAAGAGAAUUAUUUUGUUUUGCCAAGUGAAAGGUCAUACAGGUACUGCAAUAGGCAAGAUGUUGGAGAAGUGCUUGUUAGAUUGGGGACUUGAAGAUGUGUUUGGUGUCACUUUGGAAAAUGUCAGUGCUAAUACUCUUGCCAUCGACUAUUUAAAGCAAACUAUGAUUGGUUAGAUUGGAGCAAUUGAAAGGAGUGAAUACUUGCAUGUUAGGUGUGCUUCCCAUGUUCUUGCUUUCGUUAUAAAAGAUGCAGUGAGGCUCUAUAACAAGCCAAUUGCAAGGAUUAGGUCAGUUGUCAAGUAUGUUAUUGGUUCUCCAGCUAUAUGGGAAAAGUUUAAGCAUUGUUGUGCACUGGAGAAGAUUGACUGCAAGAAAGGAAUGAUCUUAGACUGCAAGACAAGAUGGAAUAGUACAUUCUUGAUGUUAGAGGCUGCUGAGAAGUAUGAAAGAGCUUUUAAAAGGUUAGAGAAGUAUGAUAGAGACUACAGAAAGAAGUACAUUUUCGAAGAAGUUCAGAAUGAUGCUUUACCUAGUCAUGAUGAUCUUCUUGUGCUGGCUAGUUCCAUGGAAGAGAUAACUUUUAGUUCUUCAUUAAGUUCUGAAUCUGAUAUGGAAGUUGAUACUGAUCCAAAAAGCAAGAAGAAGAUGAAGAAAAAGAAGAAGAAAAAGCCUCGUCACCAUGCUCCUUAUGCUGAAGAUUGGAGUUAUGCGAGAAGUCUGGUGAAGUGCUUAAAGGUAUUAUUUGAUGCUACUGUUAGAUUUUCUGCUGCUACUCAAGUUACUACACAUACAUUCUUAUGGGAAGUUGUCCUCAUCCAUGAACAAUUAGUCCAGUUUAGAGAUAAUGAGUCUGAUCCUUUUGUUAGAAAUAUGGCUGAAGUUAUGUUUGUUAAGUAUAAUAAGUAUUGGGGUGCUUAUGAAGAUAUGAAUUCUGCUUUAUUCUUUGCGCAAUUGUUGGAUCCAAGAGAGAAAGCCAAGGGGUUGGAAUUUGUUCUUGAAUGUUUGUAUGAGAAAAAUCAGUACAUGGUUGAUAGAGUUAUGAAGAAGGUUAAAGAACAUAUGGUCAGACUCUUUGAAGAGUACAAAUCUUCAUAUGAAGUUGUUGGUGAAAGUUCAACUAGUGGUGUUGGUGUUUCUGCAGUUCAAGCUCCAGUUGUUGUGCAAGAACAAAGCAUUGAGGCCAUGCUUUACUCAAUGAAGAAAAGGCAUAAAAGAAACCAAGUUGGUGUUUAAAUGAGUUGGAAAAGUAUUUGUUAGAGGAAUUUUAAGAAGAAGAAAGUGGCACUGAUUUUGACAUUUUGGCUUGGUGGCAAAGUAAUAGUGCCAAGUAUAAGGUACUCUCGUAUAUGGCGAAGGAUAUACUAGCAAUGUCGGUGUCUUCUGUAGGUUCAGAAUCAGCAUUCAGCACUGGAAAGCGUGUGCUUAGUCCUUGGAGAAGCUCUUUAUCUCCUAGGGAAGUUGAAGCAUUGCUAUGCACCCAAAGAUGGCUACAAAAGCCAAUUGCUCUUGAUCUUCUAUCGGACUAUGUACCAGAUGAUUGCUCAAGCAUUGAGGAAGCAAUAUUGGGUGCUUAUCCAGUACCAGAGGAGUUUGAUGAUCCAAUGAUGCUUGACUAAUGAAGUAAUGAUUGUUGAAGUUCAAAUCUUGUUACAGACUUAAUAUGGAAAGGAACUAUGGUCUAUGGAAUGGAAGUGUUGGUUUACUUUUAACACUUUAUGUUAAUCUUUGAACACUAUUUUCCUUCGGUUAUUAUGUACAUAUGUAGUAGUUAUGUUAGUUGGUCACUUGGUCUUGAAGAACUUAAGUAGUUGGAUCUUGGAUGAUUGCAGUACUCUUGUAGACUUGCAGUAACUUUACUUUGAGCAAUCAGUUUAUGUCAGACUUUGAAGUUCGGGUUUUUAUAGGUUUAUGUAAUUAUGUUGGUUGGUUUUAAAGAACUUAUGUUAAUUA